AUCCAGUUGUGGGAGGGGGCAGAUUUAUUUAGCUCUGGCAAAAACAACAGCCCGGAGCCAAUGUAAUAGGGAACGUCAAGGACUGAAGAGAGAACGCGAGAAAGUGGCUAAACAGAGGACGAGAUCCGUACAGUGCGAAAGAAGAAAAAAAACGGAGAAACUGCGAAUUGUGGCGGCUGGAGGUUAUAGGAGGACAUCACCGAAAAGUGACCUCGAAUCGCCUGAAGAAGACGCCUUCAUAUUUCGGUCAUAAGAUUGAGCUCUCUGCUGACAUCAAAAUCACAGUGCUCUCUGCUGACAUCUCUGUCCAUUUUAAGAACCUGUCCCUGCUUUGCGACGGAGCACAAGGUCUGCCGUGGGAACUUCUGCUGGAACGUUUUACACUAUAGAGCCAUGAAAAUGCGGACGCGUGGAAGCUGCGGAGUUGACCUUGCGGACGAUAGCAUGUAGAUCUGGGAUGGUAUAUUUCGGCCCAUUGGCUACGGUUCUAUUCUGAGCGGAGGCGUCUCGGGCGAUGGAAGCCGGAUACAGUCAGUAGACAGAGUUGGGCCUUGUUCACACAGCAGCAUUUCCGCAUGGAUAUUCAAAUUACGGCCUCUGCAGAAACAAUCGAAGGGUUAAUUCUUUCUGCGGAAUCCGCUUGGAUCCACGUUGCUUUCUAUGGAGACGAUGUAUUUCACAGCGAUCCUAUAACCCUUCCUGAUACAUGAACACAUACACAAUCCCUCAUCUAAAGCUGGAACAUGACCGCUGUGGUUUGCUUAGGGUCCAUCUCUAAUAUCAAAGCUUUGUGGGAGAGCAGAAUCCAGAAACACCAGGAAGAGCUGAAAGCGGAGAACGGCCGGAGAGGAAAGGCUUCUGUGGGAGAGAUCUCUAAUGUAUGGGAAAGUCGCAUCCAGCUAUCAAAGCUGAAGGAAAAAGUUUAUAAUGAAGACGGAAGAUUAAUCCUUAGGAUAGAAAAAGAGGAGUGGAAGACACUUCCGGCGUGUUUGGUGAAGUUAUCCCAGCUUCAGGAAUGGCAGCUGCACCGCACGGGUCUGACCGCCAUCCCCACAUUCAUCGCCAACUUUAGUAACCUGCUGGUCCUGGACUUAUCUCGCAACGCGAUACGUAAAAUUCCUCGGGAGAUCGGUGGGCUCACUAAGCUCCGUGAGCUUCUACUGAGUUAUAACAGAAUAGCAGAAGUCCCUGCGGAGAUCAGCGGCUGUGAGAGUCUAGAGAGAUUAGAGCUGGCUGUGAACAAAGACAUAUCAGAGCUCCCAGCACAGCUCAGUAAACUGACCCAGCUGACACAUAUGGACCUGAGUAUGAAUCAGUUUUCGACCAUCCCAAAGGCGGUGAUGGAGCUUCCUGCACUGGAGUGGCUGGACAUGGGGAGCAAUAAAUUGAAGACACUACCCCAAGAUAUAGACAAAAUGCAGCGUUUGCACAGCUUAUGGCUACAACGAAAUGAAAUCUCAGAGCUACCCGAUUCUAUCAGCCGCCUACAGAACCUCAGUACGCUUGUCCUAAGCAAUAAUCAGAUGAGAGGGAUCCCGGCUUGUCUGCAGAGCUUGGAGAGUCUCAGAUUUGUCAACUUCAGGGAUAAUCGUCUGGAGCUGGAAGUUUCUCUGCCCCCGAGUGAAGAAGAAGAAGACGAGGAGGAGAGAGAGCUGUAUGGAUUACAGUUCAUGCACGCCUACAUCCUACAGAGCAUCCAUGCUGGGCACGCAGAAAAAUGAGGUUCUGAAGAAAGACGAGGGCUCAUUUUCAUGACGGACACCUUGUUGGACAACCCUACACCAUGGCGUCCCUUGUUUCAUUGCACGUAGGAAUCUGUGUCAUCCAUACUGGGCUAUACUACAACACUGCACCAUCGUGUUCCUGAUGACCUGUCUGGCUCGUUGCAGUAUAUAUUGCGAUAAAAAAAAAAAAGACUUGAACGAUAAGAUGGCGGACAAUUCAAAUGGGCACUCUCAUUAAA